UAAGACAAAGCCGAGCAGCUUGGGAUCCGAUCCCAUUUGAUGAUCACCAGGAGUGAUCCUAAAGCAAUACUUUGGGAAGCAGAAAAAAGCUUCAAAGUUUUCAAUGACCAUUUCUUGUGUUUUACUGUCUUAAUUCUCCACGACUCUCUCCCUCUGAAGGUGAAAAAUUUUCAGGUGUAAAUCUCUUGGUAAGAUUUCCUAUAUGCAAUCCUUCUUGUCUUGUAGCUGUUGGGAAACUGGGAUACUUAUAAUUCUAUAAGGAAAUCUUCCUUUUAGUCAUUAUGCAUGUCUGGCCCUGUGGCCAUAGUUGAUCGCUUGGAUGGAGCGCUUCCUUGUGCAGAGAGAACAAGAUCUCUUGAUGCCGUUUCUGGUAUAGACCAUAUAUCUAUAUUGGCCAGUGGGGAAUCAGGUCAUUCCUCUGAACUUGCUGGCUUUAGGAUUGGAGAACUCUUUCUUCCUAAUGGAGAGUCAUAUUCCGGAGCCCUUCUUGGCAACGUGCCUGAGGGCAAGGGUAAGUAUGUGUGGUCAGAUGGUUGUAUCUAUGAGGGGGAAUGGAGACGGGGGAUGAGACAUGGUAUUGGAAAAUUACAAGGGUCUUCUGGAGUGGUGUAUGAAGGUGAGUCUGGUGGCUAUAUCCAUGGUACAGGAACAUAUGUUGGUUCUGAUAAGUUGACCUAUAGAGGUCGAUGGCGACUGAAUCUUAAACACGGGUUGGGUUAUCAAGUGUAUCCUAAUGGAGAUGUCUUUGAAGGCUCAUGGAUUCAAGGAACACCAGAAGGACCUGGCAAAUAUACCUGGGUCAAUGGAAAUGUAUAUUUAGGGAAUAUGAAAGGUGGGAAGAUGUCAGGAAAAGGAACUCUCACCUGGAUAAAUGGGGAUUCAUAUGAAGGAAGUUGGCUAAAUGGUAUGAUGCAUGGAUUUGGAGCAUAUACAUGGAGUGAUGGAGGCUGCUAUGUUGGAACCUGGACAAGGGGUUUAAAAGAUGGCAAAGGAACGUAUUAUCCUCAGGGAAGCCGUCUACCAUCUGUGCAAGAAGUCUACCUCAGUGCCUUGAGAAAAAGAGGGUUAUUACCAGAUUUGAGAAAACAGAACCAGGCACAUAUUCAUCAUGCCGCUUCAGUUGAUAUGGGAGCUGUCAAGGUUGGUGACAACCACAGAUCAAGUCGUGGUUCAUCUGAUAAACUUUUAAAAGGAAACCUGUUAAAUCUGGAACAGUCUCACGGCAGAAAUGUUUCUCUUGAAAGGCGGUGGAGUCUUGAGGUAUCUAUUGAGAAAGUUAUUGGGCAUGAUUCAACAUUAGGUUUAACAGAAUCUGUCUUUGAAAGUGGAGAUAAAGAAGUUAAUUCAAAGAUCCCAAUUUUGGAACGGGAGUAUAUGCAAGGGGUAUUAAUAAGUGAGCUAGUAUUAAAUAAUAGUUUUUCUUCAACAUCCCGAAGGGCAAGACGGCUUAAAAAAAAACUUGCUAGAGAUAUUAAAAGGCCUGGUGAAGCAAUCAUCAAAGGUCACAGGAGUUAUGAUUUAAUGCUCAGCUUGCAGCUUGGAAUAAGAUAUACAGUAGGAAAGAUUACACCCAUACAGAGACGAGAAGUUCGCAUGUCAGAUUUUGGUCCCAGAGCAAGCUUUUGGAUGAAUUUUCCCAGAGAGGGUUCUCAAUUGACACCUCCUCAUCAAUCGGAGGAUUUUAAAUGGAAAGAUUACUGUCCAAUGGUAUUCAGAAAUUUGAGGGAGUUGUUUAAGAUUGAUGCUGCUGACUACAUGAUGUCCAUAUGCGGAAAUGACGCUCUGAGGGAACUAUCUUCUCCUGGAAAAAGUGGUAGUGUCUUUUUCCUGUCUCAAGAUGAUCGUUUCAUGAUCAAGACGCUGCGGAGAUCUGAAGUAAAGGUUCUUCUAAGAAUGCUUCCAGACUAUCAUCAUCAUGUGAAGUCAUAUGAGAACACACUAAUCACAAAAUUCUUUGGUCUUCACAGGAUUAAACCUUCAAGUGGGCAAAAGUUCCGCUUUGUUGUAAUGGGAAAUAUGUUUUGCACAGAAUUGAGGAUCCAUCGGAGAUUUGAUUUAAAAGGAUCAUCCCUCGGACGCUCGUCAGACAAGGUAGAAAUUGAUGAGAGUACUACUCUUAAAGAUUUGGAUCUGAGCUACUGCUUUUACUUGGAACCAUCUUGGCGAGAGUCUUUGUUAACGCAGAUUGAAACAGACAGUAAGUUUUUGGAAGCACAACACAUUAUGGAUUACAGCCUUCUUCUUGGUGUACACUAUCGAGCUCCCCAACACCUGCGUUCUCUCCUGUCCCACAACCAAAGUGUCAAUACAGAUGGAUUAGCAAUGCUUGCUGAGGAAGACCCACUAGAGGAUGAAGUAUCCAACUACCCAGAAGGCCUUGUUCUGGUCCCUCGGGGAGCCGAUGAUAGUAGUGUUGUCGUGGGCCCUCACAUAAGGGGUAGCCGUUUGCGAGCUUCAGCUGCUGGUGAUGAAGAAGUGGAUCUCCUUCUACCUGGUACAGCAAGACUUCAAAUCCAGCUAGGUGUCAACAUGCCUGCGAGGGCAGAGCUGAUUCCAGGAAAACAGGAGAAACAAAUGUUCCAUGAGGCAUAUGACGUUGUUCUGUACCUAGGCAUCAUCGACAUAUUGCAAGAUUACAAUAUGACUAAGAAGAUUGAACAUGCGUAUAAAUCUCUCCAGUUUGAUUCAUUGUCGAUCUCAGCUGUGGACCCUACUUUCUACUCACGUCGCUUCUUGGAAUUUAUUCAGAAAGUGUUCCCACCAAAUGCAAUGACGGGUUAAAGUUGAGGUUAAAUUCAACUGAUGGACUUUGCUAGGCAUUUGCCCCCCUUUUGGGCACGCUCUUGGAUGUCUCUAGUAAGUGGCUGCUGGGCCACGGACACCUUGGUGAUUGUGUUAGUGAGAAGAAAAUUUAUCAGAUAUUGUAAGUAUUGGGGUAGAUGACCCUAACAAUUGGGUGGGUCUAAUUUUAUCUUCUUUAGUUUGUAAAGAUUCAUGGCCUGAUUUCGCCCUUUGUCCUUUAUCUUCCCGCGCACUCAAAGUUUUUUUUUUUUUUAAAUAAUAUAUAGUUGGCUUUUUAUUUGUGUA